ACGUUUGUUUGGAGACUCGCCGGUAUUGUUUGGGGACCACGACGCUUUUAUUUUUGUGUUUUUUACUUCAAAUGUCAUGCUGCCAUACAGUGUUUCUCUAUAGAGGAAGAGUCCAGGUGCUACGUUCCACAUAGAUGACAACAUAACAGCAAGGAAACAAAAUGCAAAUCCUGCGGGUAAAAGAGGCAGCAACUACUGGAAGCACAAUAUUCCAUCAGACAAACUGAAAGCAACAAUUCAUCCACCAUGUUGGGGCUACUGUUUAUCUUCUAUUCAUUCCAUAUUCUCUCUGUAAAAUCAGGUUUGCAUUCUUUGUUGCUGUUUCAUAUAUAUUUAGUGGGUGAGACUCCAUUCCCAGAAUCCCAGACUCUGUUUAUGCUGGAUGACAUUCAGAUUGGAUACUACAACUCAAAAGACAACAAGUUUGUACACAGAGGCAUGAAUGGUCUGGAGAGAACACCUGAUGCCAUAGAACUGGAACUAGCUCCUAAAUUGAAAUUGAAUCAUGAACGUAUGAAAAAUAAGGUCUCUUAUCUGAGACAGAUUCUGAACCACACAAACAGUUUUCAUGUUCUACAGAGAGCUGCAGGAUGUCAGUUACAGGAAAAUGACGACGUAGGAAUUUACUUGAGCAAAGACGCAUUCAACGGGGAGGCUGGAGAUGUCCGCUAUUACAAUCCACAAAAUGACAGCCUUCAUACUGACUGGGUGUGGCCAGAAGCAAUGGACAAUACAUGGCCUGGGGGUGUGCAUAUAGCUUAUACAUGGUACCAUGAUCUCUGCAUUGAACGCCUGAAAACACACUUGGCCAAAGAAAAGAAUCGUAUUUUUAAAAAGAUGAAGCCCAGAGUCAGGCUCCUCCAGAAGACACUCCCAGACUCUGGAGGGGCCAAAGUGACCUGCCGGGCCACUGGUUUCUACCCCCGUCACAUCAACCUGACCCUGCUCAGAGACGGCCAGUCUGUGUCUGACCACCAGAUCACUGGGGGGGAGCUGCUACCUAAUGGAGAUGAGACGUACCAGAUGAGGAAGAGCCUGGAGGUCAGUGCAGAGGAACUACAGCAUCACCACUACACCUGCACAGCUGAACACCUCAGUCUGGACAACAAGCUGGACAUCAGUUUAGAUCAUGAGUGGGAUUCAGUCACCACAUCCAUUGUGCCCUCCGUGCUUAUUGCUGCUGGGUUAGUGUGUCUUGCUGGAGUCGUUGCCUUUAUCAUAUGGAGGAGGACCCACACAGGCUCACAGACCUCUCUGCAAGUGAACACAGACGCUUCAGGAAUGUCUCCAGACUGCACCCUGCACUCACAACGCUCCGCUGUGGUGCUCGUCAACACCCUCGUAACACCACACAACGCUCCGCUGUGGUGCUCGUCAACACCCUCGUAACACCACACAACGCUCCGCUGUGGUGCUCGUCAACACCCUCGUAACACCACACAACGCUCCACUGAAGUGCUCGUCAACACCCUCGUAACACCUUUCAUCAACUACUGCACUGCAAUCCUGACAGGCAUUCCAAACAAACUCAUCCAUCGCCUCCAACUCAUUCAACACUCUGCAGCACGGAUCAUCACCUGCACAAAGUCCUCCCAACAUGUUACACCUCUCCUGAUAGAGCUACACUGGCUCCCUGUCUCUCAACAGAUCAACUUUGCACCCAAACUGUGGAACUCACUCCCCUCACACAUCCGCACUCUCCACUCCAUCUCACAAUACAAACCGGCUCUUGAAACCCACCUUUUCUAGAUAGCUUAUGGACUUUAAUGUGCCUUUUACUACCACUAUGUUUUUAAUUAGUGUGCUGAUUAUUAUUAUUUUCCACUGUGUUAACUCUACUCUGUGUUAACUGUAAAGUGGCCUUGGGUACUCUGAAAGGCACUAUGUAACAAAUAAACAGUAUUAUUAUUAUUAUUAUUAUUAUUUUGCACUAUAAAAGCAAUAGAUAGAACUAGGUAGAACUCAUUUCUUGAGUUGCCUUUUUGUAUUGUCCAUUGCUACCUAGUGGCCACAUAUUUUUUGUUUGUCUACAUUAAAACCAUAUAAUCUGCUCUCUGCCUCAGACACACACACACCGCACACACAUUACGCUGACACGUACUGUACACAUUUCUUGUAACGUCUUUAAAUGUAAAUGUGUAAAUGUAAAGUUUUCCUUACUUUGGUUUUAGUCACAACAAUG